UCGCACCGGUUCAAAAAGCUGUCAACAGCAUGUAUGUACGUGUUAUCGUUGACACAAUGAAGGGGUGGAAAGUUUGAUGUUGAUGCUAUGCCGGAUAAGGAAAGCGGAUGAUCCUAAUUAUCUUUUUUUUUUUUUUUGCCACCUGGCUAUUUUCUGACCUUGUGUGCGUAUUUUAUGCCUUCUAACGGACCUUCUGAGUUUUUAUCUACCUUCUUUUCUUCUGUAUCUCUUCACUUUCCGGUAUGACCACUUCUUCCUGGGAUAAAAUGACGGGCAAGUUUCGAUGGUACUCGCCUUCCAGUUCGUCCAUCACCCUCGGCGAUGAACAAGAACCACUUUUACAGAAUGGAUAUCAAGGCUAUUCCAACGAAUCUUCUCCUGUCGGUCGUUACGAGAGUGUCAUCGUUCGUCUUCGUGCUUUGCGCAAUCGUCACCGGGAAUUCUUGGCCGAGUAUAUGGGCACCUUGGUCCUCAUCCUAUUAUCCUGCGGCAUUUCCGCUGAACAGAUCCUCAAUAUUGGCCCUUAUAAGUCUUGGUUAACCUCAUCCCUUGGCAAUGGUCUCGCUGUCCUUGUCGCAAUUUGUGUUGCAGGACAUGUUUCCGGAGCACACAUCAAUCCUGCUGUCACCCUGACAUUUUGGGCCUUUAGUGGAUUCCCCAGUCGAAAAGUACCCACCUACAUCCUUGCCCAAAUCUUGGGCGCUUUCACCGGCGCCGCUUUGCUGUAUUCGGUUAUUCAGCCGGCCAUUAACGAAUUUGACGGAGGUGUGCGUCAGAUUCUCGGCGACAAAGGUACCGCCAAUAUUUUCGCAACCUAUCCGCCGUUGUACGUCGGUACAGCCGCGGCCGUCGCUUCCGAAAUCGUCGGCACGGCCCUGCUCCUGCUUGUUGUCAUGGUAUCAGGUCAUCCCAACAAUUUACCUUUUCGCACCGCUCAAGGUGUGAUGAUCGCAGCCGGUAUCAUGGCUAUCAGUCUCGCUUUAGGUUACACUUCCGGCUUUUCUCUCAACCCGGCGCGUGAUUUCGGUCCACGUCUCUUCACUGCCCUCGCAGGAUGGGGCACCGGCGUAUUCUCUAUUCGCGACUAUUAUGCUUUUGUCCCCAUGUUUGCACCAUUGGUGGGCGGUCUCAUUGGUGGUUUGACAUACACAAUCUUUAUCGAUCAAUAAGUCUUUUCCUUUUACUACCACCCUUAUUCCCACUUUGUAGUUUUUUACUAGAUCUUUCUUUUCAAUUGCACUUGCUCAUCCAUUCCUUUUUUCACCAAGUUCUUCCUCUUCCUUUCCUCGUCUGU